GGGAUCAAAAUGCAAAAUAUAGAAAACAAGAUGACAGCGCUCAUGGUUCAACGUCAAAUUGAAACUCAAAGAAAUCGUUAAAAUGUAAACUGUCUUAGUUGUGUCAGUAUCUAUUGUUUACAGGAAGGAAAGUGACAAACGCGAAUAAGUACGGCAAAACAAGGAAAAGUACUGAGAUCUGUAAUUUUCAGCCAUGUAGGGUUUUGAGUAAGGGUCCGUCACCGUUUAUCUGUUUAUUUAUGUACUGUCUGUAUGCUUGGUUUAGGUGAGAUGAACCAAAGCAAAGAAUGCGAAAAAUUUCUGUGUGGAAGCGACCAAGAAUCCUUAUCCUUGUUCUUGCCGCUGCUGGGAUAUUUCUGACGUUUCAGUUUUUCUCUCUGAAGGCUCUGUUUUAUACACAGAAAAGAUCAUCUCAAGCGUCUUAUGUGAAGGAAAAUGAAAGAAUGGAAAACUUCAUAGAAGAAUUCAACGAUGAAGAUUCAAUGCGUAUUCAUCCAAGUGAAGCACAUGGCGUAAAGCAUUUAUCAAUAGUUCCAAGAGGAGUCCAUAUAGAUGACAUGCAUUUAUAUAAAGCUGUUCAACAGGGCCAUCACAAGACUCAGAAGAUGUUCAGAUGUGUUAAAACAGAGAAUUUGCUCCCAUACUCCUGGUUAAAUGACGAUUAUUGUGACUGUGAGGAUGGAAGUGAUGAGCCUGGAACAGCAGCUUGUCCAAAUGGGAGAUUUUACUGCGCUCAGCAACUGCCAGAUCAAACCGCUGUUAGUCUUCCUAGCAGUCGUGUGAAUGAUGGAAUCUGUGACUGCUGUGAUGGUAGUGAUGAGUGGGCAGGGAGGGCUCCCCCAAAAUCAAUGAGGCACAAAGGUAAAAACAUAGUCCUACAAGCACCAUGUCGAAAUCACUGUGAUACCAUUGCAAAAAUCAGCAAAGAAAAUAAUCAAAUCAGAAAACUAGGAAAAAGAUUAAAAACAAAAUAUGUGCAGGCAGCUGAGUCAUUGUGGGAUAAAGAGAAAUACGGUCCAGCUGGAGUAUUUUACAAACUGAGCAAAAGUUGUUUUCCACACAAAGCUCUUCAGUACAACUUCAAUGUUUGUCCGUUUCAAAGCGUGACACAGGAGCACUUCCCAACUGAACGUUGGACCCUUGGCAGGAAGUCGUCAUGGAAACAAAAAUCUCAUGGACAGUUCCUGUUGGAGAUGUCCGGAGGUGACGCGGUCAAUUGUCCUGAGGGAAGACCUAGACAAUCAUUAAUUUUAUUCCUGUGUGGCAUUAACGACCGCGUGGUUGAACUGAGGGAGGACCAGCGAUGUGAAUAUGUGAUCAAGUUUGCCACCCCAGCAGCCUGUUAAAAGUCCAAAGUUGUGGCCAGUUAGCAGUCUAAAGUCAUGUGUCCAGCAUCCUAUCCGAUGUUAGGUGUCCAGAAGCCUGUUAACAGUCCUAAGUCACAUGUCCAGCGGCCUGUUAACAGUCCUAAGUCACGUGUCCAGCGGCCUGUUAACAGUCCUAAGUCACAUGUCCAGCGGCCUGUUAACAGUCCUAAGUCACAUGUCCAGCGGCCUGUUAACAGUCCUAAGUCAUAUGUCCAGCUACCUGUUAACAGUCCUAAGUCACAUGUCCAGCGGCCUGUUAACAGUCCUAAGUCAUGUGUCCAGCGGCCUGUUAACAGUCCUAAGUCAUGUGUCCAGCGGCCUGUUAACAGUCCUAAGUCACAUGUCCAGCGGCCUGUUAACAGUCCUAAGUUACAUGUCCAGCGGCCUGUUAACAGUCUUAAGUCUUAUCCAGCAUUCCAUUUUACAAAAGGCCUUGCAACUAAGACCAGCAUUCUAAUACCUCUCAUUUUUCCAUUUCCGUGUACAAUUUGUGAAAAUCUGGCUUUAUAUACAUUUGUGUACUUGAGAUAUGCCAUAAAUUUACACUUUUAAAGAGGUACAGCAUUGAAUGAAUUUUAAGAAGUACUUUUGGUCAGAAAUCAUAAGACCUUUUGUAAAAUGGGUCCCUGGGUAUUACACAAUACUGAGUACAUUUUUAUAUUAUAAUUUCUAAAAGCUUUUAAAACUCAUCAGAUGAAAAAUAGUGCAGAUGAAGUUACAUAUUGAGCCUUGUUAAUUCGAUAUUUACAUGUUUCUUGUAAACAGUGAAUCAUAUCUACAUGUAGAAGUGACCACCAUUAAUUAAACAUGUCACAUGAGGAGAGAUGCAAAUGAAAGUUAGAUAUUAAAUUUUGUUCAUAAGGCAUUUAAAUGGUAAUUUUCUAUGCAGCUGUAUAUUUUAAGAGUACACACAGCAUUGUACAUAUAUGAAUAUAUACAUUUUCAAUGUUUUUGCCUUUGAUAUCUUUACCAAUUGGAAUGUUAGCCAUUUCGUUCUGAAUUUGAAUAAUGUGCGUAUGAAUCCUGAUAAAUAUAGUACGACUAUAGCUGGGAAUUCUCCAACAGGAAUGAGAGUGUAAAUAUAAAUGAUAAUUUUAUUUUCCUUUUUGAAAAUACUUGAAGGUAUGAACAGCAAUGCUUUACACCAAGAGCUUCAUGAAGUAUACAGGCAUAAAGAUUUGCAGUUCAUAUCCUCUGUAUAUUUCAAAAAUGAAAUUGUGAGAGAGGAGAUAGGCACCAUUUGUGAGCGUAACACUGAGCUUGUAGACAUUCUACAGACACUCUACAGACAUUCUACAGACAUUCUACAGACACUCUACAGACAUUCUACAGACACUCUACAGACAUUCUACAGACAUUCUACAUACACUCUACAGACAUUCUACAGACAUUCUACAGACACUCUACAGACAUUCUACAGACACUCUACAGACACUCUACAGACAUUCUACAUACACUCUACAGACAUUCGACAGACACUCUACAGACACUCUACAGACAUUCUACAGACACUCUACAGACAUUCUACAUACACUCUACAGACAUUCUACAGACACUCUACAGACAUUCUACAGACCAUGAUUGAUUGAUACUUUACCGAUACUUAUUAAAAGAGAAAAAUCUCAAUUGAAUUUUGGGUCAAAGGGUCGAAGUCAAUGUCAUUAAGGACUUCUUAGAAAAAAUUGUAGACGUUCCUUGCGAAGGGAUGUGUUCUACCUUGUGGAGAUCUUGUAUGUGUUUUACAGAAAGUAAAGAUAAUUUAAUGGACACACCCUGCUCUCUAACAUUAACCAGAUGUAGACCACAGACAGUUUGUAUAUUGGAAAAAUAUAAUUAUUCUAAGACAGGGUCGACAGGGAUUGGAAAAACUCUGAGAUAUGAUUUAUAUUUCGGAGAGCAUUUGUAAUUGGCAUGCAGAAAGCGACCAAGUUGUUGAAUUUUUUUCCUGUUAUUCAGAAUUUAGAAUAUUAUUUUUAUAUUAAAUACAAUUAUCAAAAAACUACA